AGCGUGGCUGGAGGUACCAUCACAAUGGCAUUCAGGGCAAAGGCAGGUGUGGGGAUGGUGGCAGGGUCCUGGCUGGCCCUGCCCAGGACACGGGCACUGGGCACCGGAGCCUCUAUGAGCCCCAAGGGAGUGCUGCCCUUUGAAGCCAUCCCCCAGUGUCCCCCCAACAAGUGGUUGAGGGUGCUGCAGAUCUGGAAGGAGCAGAGCUAUGAGAACCUUCACCUGGAGAUGCACCAGGCCUUCCAGGAGCUGGGGCCCAUCUUCAGGUGUGACGUAGGUGGGACACAAAGGGUGUCUGUGAUGCUGCCAGAGGACGCAGAGAAGUUGCAGAAGAUGGAGAGUCCACACCCCAUGCGAACACGACUGGAGCCCUGGGUGGCCUACCGACAGCAUCGUGGGCACCAAUGUGGCGUGUUCUUGCUGAAUGGACCUGAAUGGCGCUUCAACAGAACGAGGUUGAACCCAGAUGUUCUGUCGCCCAAGGCCGUCCAGAAGUACAUCCCCAUGGUGGAUACGGUGGCAAGGGACUUCUCAGAGGCCCUGAAGAAGAAGGUACUUCAGAAUGCCCGGGGAAGCCUGACCCAGGACGUCCAGCCCAGCAUCUUCAACUACAUCAUAGAAGCCAGCAACCUAACGCUCUUUGGAGAGCGGCUGGGCCUCUUUGACUCUAACCCGAGCUCGGACAGCCUGAACUUCAUCCGUGCCAUGGACGCCAUGUUCAGGUCCACAGUGCAGCUCAUGUUCAUGCCCAGGAGUCUGUCACGCUGGACAAGCACCAAGGUGUGGAAGGAGCACUUUGAGGCCUGGGACUACAUCUUCCACUAUGCUGGAAAGUGUAUUCAGAAAAUCUAUCAGGAAUUGGCUCUUGACUCCCCUCGCCGGUACAGUGGCAUCGUGGCGGAGCUGCUGCUGCAUGCAGACUUGUCACUGGAGGCCAUCAAGGCCAACUCUAUUGAACUCACAGCAGGGAGCGUGGACACGACGUCCUUCUCCCUGUUGAUGGCACUCUUUGAAUUGGCGAGGAACCCCGAUGUGCAGCAGGCCCUGCGGGAGGAGAGCCUGGCAGCUGCAGCCAAGAUCUCUGAGAGUCCUGGGAAGGCGACCACGGAGCUUCCCCUUCUGCGGGCAGCCCUCAAGGAGACCUUGAGGCUAUACCCGGUGGGUCCAUUUGUGGAGAGAAUGUUGAGCUCAGACCUGGUUCUGCAGAACUACCACGUCCCCGCUGGGACACUGGUCCAGGUGUCCCUCUACUCGCUGGGCCGGAACGCCGCCCUGUUCCCGAGGCCGGAGCACUACGACCCCCAGCGCUGGCUGCACCCCAGGGACCCCAGCAGGAGCUUCCACCACCUGGCCUUUGGGUUUGGCAUGCGCCAGUGCCUGGGGCGGCGCCUGGCAGAGGCUGAGAUGCUGCUGCUGCUGCACCACGUGCUGAAAGCCUUCCAGGUGGAGACCCUGUCUCAGGCGGAUGUAAAACUGGUGUACCAAUUCAUCUUGAGACCCAGCAGCCUCCCCCUCCUGACUUUCCGGGCUGUCAAUAGUCAGGCCUCCGAUUGGAAUUCCAGCUAAGUCACCAGCCUCUGUCCACUGUGACUCCAGGAUUCCCCUCAUCUUCCCAAGGGUCCUCCUUCUUGGGCCCACGUCUGUCCAGCCAGCCCCCUGCACAAAUGGAAUAGCUGAGGCCCUGCGGAUUUGGGUUGGGCCUGGCUGCGCUAAAGGCCAAGGUAGAGCUGGGCAUGAUCUUGGGGUCAGGAUCUGGCCUUUUCCCCAGCAAGAAUCCACUCCUUCUCCAACAAGGUGUGUCUUUUGAGGGUCUUAACCUCACUUCUGCCCAGUAGCUCCAGGCUCCUCACAGGGCCUUGUUAGAGCCCUGCAGUCCUGCCUUUUGGCUUCCUGUCCAUCUCCCAUCCCUCUGUGCCCUCUGCCUUCUC